UAAAUUAAAAAAUGGAUUAUUUAAGUGAUUCUUCCAUCAGUUCUGCAGAUACAAAUGAUGGAAUAAUUCUAAGAGAAGAAAGCAGAUAUCAAAGAAAAGGUAUAAAUGAUUUAUAAAAUUAAGGUUAUGGUUUAAUAUUUGCUUUAUCGUUGACAGUGAUAGGGUUUUGCGUAUACCCAUAAUAAAUAUCAUAUUGGUUUUUAUCCUCCCUUCAAAACUUUAAACGUAAUAGUUAUAUAAAAUUAUAUGUAGCUCAUUAUAUAUAAAUGAUUAUGUUAUUAUCCACACAUAUUAUUGGUUUCUCUUUGGGGAACUUUGUGAUGUAUAUUAUUUAUAAAGCCAAAUCACCAUUUUUUGAAAGGUAUAGAACAAGAUAGGUAUUAAUAUAAAAAUAUAAAGAAUCCAUGGCCAUGGGAUGAAAACCCAGUAGCUUGGAAAAAAAAAAGAGUAGAGGUUUGGAAAAGUACAUCUUUAAAUAUGAUUUUGGGAGUUCUAAUGUGUAUCUUAGACUGUUAUUUAAGUCCUUUAUUAAGGACUGAUUUAGAUUCAUUUCCAACUAUAUUUGAAAUGAUUUGGUAAAUUGUAUUUUCAAUGUUAAUUGAAGAUACAUGUUUUUAUUGGUCACAUAGAACUUUACAUUCUCCAAAGCUUUAUUCCAAAAUUCAUAAAAAACAUCAUGAAUUUUAUACUAGUGUCUCAUAUGCUGCUAUAUAUGCCCAUCCUAUUGAAUAUAUAUUUGGCGAUGUUAUUCCAGUUUUUAUAGGAUCUAAAAUAUUAGGUUCUAGGAUGCAUAUUGCUACUUUAUAACUAUGGUUAUUGUUGAGAAUCGGAGAAACUAUAGAUGGUCAUAGUGGUUAUGAAUUUUCUUGGAGUCCAUUUAGAUUAUUACCAUUCUCUAGUAGUGCUGAAUCACAUAAUUAUCAUCAUUCUCAUAAUGAUGGUAAUUAUGGUAGUUUCUUCACAUAUUGGGAUACAAUUAUGGGAAGUGACAAAUCAUAUAAUUCUUUUAUUAAUAAAAAGUAUGGAAAAGUCAAUAAAUAAAAAUAAACAAAGCAAGAGUGAAU